AUGUCGAAAACCAAAAACCACAACUCCUUACUGAUGACCUAUGUUACCAUAUCUACCGAAGCUAGGAAUAUUACAUAUCGCAUAUUAGAGCGAGAUGCCGGCUUCGUGUCAGGAGGCGAUGAUGACGACUCCUGCUCGGGACCAGCGCACUCUGAUGAUUCGGGGGUCCGGCUGGUGGAGACCGACUCGCGGGGCAAACGACCUCGCACGCCCACCCGUUUACAACCACCUAAGAAACGUAUCCGAUUGAAUUCGAGAGAAGACCUACCGAGUCCAGAAAGCGAUACAUCUGCCAGUCCAUUCAGACCCUGGUCCUUCACCGAGGAACCACAAAGAGAACCCCUAUCUUUAGUCAAGAAAGAGACUAGUCUAUUGAGACAGCGACGGAGGCCGCUAGAACCGCCUCCACCCCCAAUUCCACCACCACCGGGCCCACCAAGAGUUCCUCCACACCCAGGCGUCGUAGAGCCUUACCAAGACAAAGCAAAGCCAAGGGAACAGAGGAAUUACAAAAACAUGACCCGGGAGAGAAGAAUAGAAGCAAACGCGAGAGAGCGGACAAGAGUUCAUACCAUAAGUGCCGCUUUCGACACGUUGAGGCGAUCAGUUCCUGCAUACAGUCACAACCAGAAACUAUCAAAGUUAUCGGUGUUACGGAUAGCGUGCGCGUACAUUGCAGCGCUGUCUGCGGCGAUAGACCCCGAAGCUGACUUAUCGUCAGCAGUGGACCAAGUGACGCAUACAAUACACACCGAAGGGAAAUUGAGAAAGAAGAAGGAUGAUGCGUGA